UACCUAGAGGUAAGGUAUGAGCCAUACCCACCUCCCCCCAUGGGUUUCUAAACCCCAUACCUUAUGGGUUUGAGGUAUGGGUUUAAAAUUUAGAAAUAAGUUAAACAAACACUAGGUAUGGGUUUUGUUCAUUCCAAACCCAUACCUCAUACCUAAAACUAGUGAACCAAACACCCCCUAAAUUCAACAAUUUGGUUCUUAUAGUUCUGACGAAUAUUCUUGUGAAUAACUUUUUCUCCCACUUUUUUGCAUAAAUUUCCAUCAUCUCCUCGACUCCUCAAAUCUCGUAUCAGCUAACCCACUUCACACAGACCACAAAAUUCAUCAAAAGAAUUCGUUAUUCGCCAUUUUACCAUGACAGUUUCAUCUGGUGAGAUUUCUAUUUCUUCAUCUGACAGCAGCAAAUCUGCUCUGGUCAAACUUGCUCCAGUUGAGGCAGUUUUAUUUGAUGUAGAUGGAACCUUGUGUGAUUCAGAUCCUCUCCACCACCAUGCCUUCCGUGACAUGCUCCUGGAGAUAGGUUUCAAUGGUGGUGUUCCAGUAGAUGAGGAUUUCUUCAUCAAGAACAUAGCAGGCAAGCAUAAUGAUGACAUUGCCAGGGCUCUUUUCCCUGAUGACUACGAACGGGGCUUGAAAUUUACAGAUGAGAAGGAAGCCUAUUUCAGAAGGUUGGUUGUAGAACAGCUGAAGCCUAUUGACGGCCUUACCAAGCUAGUAAAUUGGAUCAAAGAUCGUGGCUUGAAAAGGGCAGCUGUUACUAAUGCCCCUAGAGCUAAUGCUGAGCUAAUGAUCUCAAUGCUCGGCCUCACAGAAUUCUUUCAGGCUAUUAUAGUUGGAAGUGAAUGUGAACAUGGAAAACCUCACCCAGGUCCUUAUCUGAAAGGUUUAGAAGCAAUCGGCGCAUCGAAAGAGCAUACUUUUAUCUUUGAGGAUUCUCCUUCUGGAAUCAGAGCUGGGGUAGCUGCUGGAAUGCCUGUGAUCGGUUUAAGUACCAGAAAUCCUGAAAACCUUUUGAUGGAAGAAAAACCAGCUUUCCUCAUUAAAGAUUAUGAAGAUCCAAAAUUGUGGGCUGCUUUGGAGGAGCUUGAAAAGCAAGGUGGUGCUGGAACUCAAACAGAUGCAGCUUGAGAUGUUUAGUUUUAGAAGAUGCAUAUAAGCAUUAGAGAGGUCUGUGAACAGGUCUUCCAAGUUGCGAAAAUUCAUAUUGGCUGAAGAAUAAAAUUAGGUGACAUGCACACAUAUGCUGCAUCUCUUGGAAUUUUGUAGUUUCAAAGCUCGUCUGUUCUCCUUACUGAUACUGCUGGAGGCAGAUGUAUUUGUUCAUUAUCCAGUCGAUUAAAUACUGAUAAACAGAAUUACUCCUCAUCUAUACAAUAAAACAAUAUUGAUCCAAAAA